AUUUCUCACGUACUUGGAUCUAAUUCUGUAAUAUGAAUUAACUUUAGUUCAAAUUCAAUUUAAGUCCUAAAAUAUUAUAAUGAAAGUCGAAAGAAACAUUCACUUUAAGAUGGCGCAUUUAGCAGUUGCUAUUACAGCUUUUCUCGCUCUGGGAGUUCAUGCUCAAAUACUGGACCCCUGCGUCAACUAUCAUUGCUUCAACGGUGGUUAUUGCUUCGCACCCGCAGAUUUCCCGCAUUGCGUUUGUCCUUUAGGAUUUUCAGGCUCUCACUGUCAAACAGCAGUACCUGUUGGAAGACAAAUAGGUCCUUUUUGGGAUGGAUGUGCUAUCCUAAAAUGUGCUAACGGAGGCUAUUGCAUUGCUCCUGCUGACGACGCGCACUGUGUUUGUCCGGCAGGAUUCACCGGAACCCAUUGUACGGAGACAGCCCAUAUAGGCAAACGUAUUGCUAUAUCACGUGACCCUUGUGUCAAUUAUCAUUGUGAAAAUGGAGGUAUUUGUACAGCACCAGCAGAUGCGCCAUAUUGUCUGUGUCCUGUGGGUUUCGCCGGAAACAGAUGUCAGUCGACACUUGUGUAAUGUCAAGAUUUACAUUUUGUCUUUGAUGCAAGAAAAAGAAAAAAAAAUUUUAAAAAUAUUGCCACAUCUAUAAAUUA